AUGGCAAUUCAACUGGAUAAAAUUCUGGCGGACAUUGCCAAGGAGAAGGCCUUGCAUCCCAACAAUGGCGGAUCGAGCAAGCAGGAACAGGAGGAAGCCUGGGCCAGGAUCGGGCGGCUAAACAAGCUAUCCGUUCACGAGACCCGCUCCAUCUUUAUCGUACUCCAAAAGAAGUACGAGCAGGAGAAGCUCAAGGGCAACUCGGCAUGGAAGCUCUUUGGCCUGAUGCACCAAAUCCACCAGGAGCCCAAAACGGUCAUCAAGGAGGAGAACGAACAAACACCCAUGGAUGAGGUAGAAGAGUAUGAGAUGCUGGAAGUACAGGAGCCGGAAGAGGAAGAAGAGGGCCAAAAUUUUGGCCAGCCAGCGAAUUCAACUGGAUCAGCUUCUUCGGACGGCGAGAGUCCCACAAAGUCGCACAGUACCGGCUCACCGGACAAGGAGGAGCGGGUGUAUUCAAAACCGAAUGUGGACACUCCACGUCCGACUUUCGAAGAGAAGAAACUGUUGAACACGAUGGCCAACAAUACACCUCGUGCCUCGUCAAACAACUCGGUUUCUGUCGCUGCAGCAGCAGUUCUACAAAAGAAGGGUAUCACCGUGAAGAAGGCACCCAGUUCGGUGACAGCAGCUGUCCAGAAAUCGACACCGACCCAGGCGUCGUCUGGUCCAAGUCAGAGAACCCGAACCACUAUCCAGCUGCCCGAGGCAAUAAAACGCAAACUAUCUGAGGAGUAUUCGGCUGCUUCAGGAGGAGGUGGCCGGAAAAUGGCAAAGUCCAAUAGCUCCAAACAAGGCACAGGCGGAGCUACUAAUUCAACAGUUUCCAGCAACAGUGCUAGCGUUCCAGAGCCCACGCAGACUAGUAAUGUGGUGCACACCACCACCGCCCAGCUGAUGCAGGUGAAGAAGGAGCGGGAUGACAAUGGUUCGCCUCCGCCAGGCAUCAACAUAAUAACCGUACCGUCGGCCCAGCAAAUGAACGGCGGUGGUGGUGGUGGUGGACCAACAUCCUCAACGGCUGCUACCGUGGCAUCCACAUCAGUUGCAUCGACGAACGGCUUCUCGCCGCACAUCGAAGAACUAGACUUCAAAAAUGACAUAAUAUUUGACUCAAAGCUGAACGCCGCCUCCUCGAACACACCCGAAAUUAUUAACCUGGGAAACUUUGACAACUCGCUGCCGCCCACGUUCUUCAAGAAUCUUUGCAAUUCGUCGCGCCACGAGGCCCUGGGAUUGUAUGUAGCCAAUGUGAUGAACCGGCUCUCGCCGCGUGCCUCAGCUAAACUGGAGCUGGGCAUCUUACGCGCCAUUGUCGACGUGCAAAGCGAUGAGCUCGAGCAUUAGACCCAUUUACAAAAAAAAAAGAAAAGGCAUCUUCAUUUGACUUCAAUGGACUAAGGCAACACAGAUUAACUCAACUUAAUUAUUAGAGAACAACUAAAAGGUAGUUGUGUAGCCAUGAUUAUACCUUUUUCCGUAUUAUUUAUAAAUCCUUUUUAGAAUGUCCAUGUUGAGUAAGUGUACAAAGUAUUUCGUCAAGGUUACUUUCCUUAUGAUUGGUCAUAAAGAGUUGGGGAAACUGUCUAACUGACUCUGUGCAUGUCUCAACUAAGUUCCAUUUAUUAAUUUUAAGUAAGAUUCCCUAGCAUAAGUUCUAAUGUGUCACUUCAUUUGCGAAUAAAGCUACAUAACUCACUUGAA